UGGAAAAUGGAGGGGACGACUUGUUCAGACUUGGACAGGUCUUAAGAUGCCAUUCCUUCUCUUCCGAUAGUUUCCGAUAGGGGAAAAAGAUCUGAGGAGGAACGAGGCAGAGAUGGCGAAAGGCAUAUUGGAGGUGCAGCUGAUCGAUGCCAAGGGGCUGAAGAACACCGAUCUAAUAGGCAAGAUCGACCCGUACGUGGUGAUUCAAUACAGAGGCCAAGAGCGCAAGAGCAAAACUGCCCGAGAUUCUGGUGGUGCAGGCCAGGGAAGUAAUCCAUCUUGGAACGAGACGUUCAAGUUCUUGGUCAACUCGGCGGCCGCAGGCAAUCAUCAGCAGCACAAGAUCACCAUGAGGGUCAUGGACCAUGAUACGUUCACAGCUGAUGAUUUCCUCGGUGAGAGCACGAUCCAUGUUGGAGACCUGAUUACUCAGGGCAUGGAGAAUGGAACCGGAGAGCUGCGCCCCAGCAAGUACAGUGUGGUUCUUUCUGACCGAAGCUAUUGCGGAGAGAUCCGUGUUGGUGUUACUUUUACCGCGAAGAUGGAAGAAGAGAACACAGUAGAGUUUGGUGGAUGGAGCCACAGCUUUCAUGCCUAGGUUGGCUCACUUCUCAUCAUUCAGUCAUUGGAUUGCCGUGUAUCCAUCAAAACCUCAAAAAGCAAUGCUUUUGUUUGUGAUUUUGUAAAGUGUGAUGGUUUUGUGGUCAAUGAGUUGAUGUAAUCUACAUUAAUGUGCUUCGCAUUUCUCUAAACAAGUUUACUACUUUGCCAGUA